GUGCAUGCCGGUCUUGUGCUUGGAGUCGCCAUUUUGCCACUAGAGAUGCUGUCUGAAGACCAGUGCUCUCUUCCUUCAGCGGCCUAGGCUGCAUCGGGGCCUGAGCUGGGGUCUGGGCCAGGGCAUGAAAGAUCUCAAAUGUUCUGACCUGGACCUGGAACGCAGCUCCCCAAGCAGCAGACAUGUAGUUCUUGAACAGACUGCCCGGAUCAUGGUCUGAGGAGGCGGUGACCUUUGAGGAUGUGGUUGUGAACUUCAGCAAUGAUGAGUGGACUUUGCUGAGUCCAUCCCAAAAGAACCUCUACAGAAAUGUGAUGGGUGAAAUCUUUAGGAACAUGGCUGCAAUAGGAGGACUUGGGGAUAUCCAGGAAGCUGAAAAAGAAGGCAAAAUUUACUGGAGAUACUUAAGAAAUUACAAGCUAGGGAAAUCCUAUGGACAUACAUCUUGGAAUCAGUGUAAAGAAGUAUUCCUUUGUAUUGCAGAAGGUAAUGUGAAUGUGAAAGUAACAGAAACACACCACAAUGUUCAGAUCCAUGAAAAAUAUUGCAGUGGAGGGAAACCCUAUGUAUGCAAGCAAUGUGGGAAAGGUUUUACCACAAAUGGAAUUUGUAAGAAACAUGAAAGAAUUCACAGAGGAGAGAGACCCUACAUAUGUAAGGAGUGUGGGAAAGCUUUUACAACACGUACAUAUUGUCAAGUACAUGAAAGUCUUCACUCCAGAGAAAAACGUUAUAAAUAUAAGCACUGUGAGAAAGCUUUCAGCACAUGUACUUAUUGUGUAAUCCAUGAAAAACUUCACACUGGGCAGAAAUCGCAUAUAUGUAAGAAAUGUGUGAAAGCUUUUAGCAGUAAAAUUCAUUUUCAAAUACAUGAAAAUGUUCACACUGCAGAGAAACCCUAUGUGUGUAAGCAAUGUGGAAAAGGUUUCACCCAACUUGGACAUUGUAAGGAACAUGAAAGAAUUCACACUGGAGAGAAACCAUAUAUAUGUCAGCAAUGUGGAAAAAGAUUCACCAGAUCUGAACAUUGUAAGCAACAUGAAAGAAUUCACACUGGAGAGAAACCAUAUGUAUGUAAGCAAUGUGGGAAAGCUUUUAACACACAUGCAAGUUAUAAGGUUCAUGAAAGAAUUCACACUGGAGAGAAACCCUAUGUAUGUAAGCAAUGUGGGAAAGCUUUUAGAACACAGGGAGAAUGUAAGAAUCAUGAAAGAAUUCACACUGGAGAGAAACCAUAUGUAUGUAAGCAAUGUGGGAAAGCUUUUACCAGACCUGGACAUUGUAAGGAACAUGAAAGUAUUCACACUGGAGAGAAACCAUAUGUAUGUAAGCAAUGUGGGAAAGCUUUUACCAGACCUGGACAUUGUAAGGAACAUGAAAGAAUUCACACUGGAGAGAAACCAUAUGUAUGUAAGCAAUGUGGGAAAGCUUUUAACACAAGUGCAAAUUGUAAGGUUCAUGAAAGCAUUCACACUGGAGAGAAACCAUAUGUAUGUAAGCAAUAUGGGAAAGCUUUUAAAACACAGGGAGAUUGUAAGAAACAUGAAAGUUCACAUUCAAUAUAAAACCAGUGUAUAUAGGCAUCAUGAGAAUGGUUUCAGCACAUGUACAUAUUGCAUAAUGCAUGAAAAUUUUCACACUGGGCAGAAAACUUACAUAUGUAAGGAAUGUGGGAAAGGUUUCAGGAGAAAUGCUCAUUGUCCAAUACAUUAUAAAAUUUACAUGAUUGAAAAACCCUGUGUAUGUGAAGAAUGUGAGAAAGCUUUCACCACACAUUGAUUUUGUAAAAUACAUCAAUGACUUCACACUGGUGAGAAAGCCUAUGUACAUAACAAUGUGACAAAGCUUUUACUGCAUAUAGUCAUUGCAAAACACAUGAAAGAAUUCACACUGGGAAGAACCACUGGCUAUGUAAGCAAGUGGAGACAUUUUCAGCAGCCAGAUUGUAAGUGAAAUACAUGAAAAAACUCACACAAGAGAUAAUUCCUAUGUGUUAUGGGAAUACUCUCAGCAUACUUGAUCAUUGUUACAUAUCUGAAAGAGCUCACUGGGCAGAGAUGCUAUGGGAUUAACAAUGUGAGAAAUAUGGUAAUCCAUGUUUCUUGUUAAAUACUUAGAAAAAGCAUCACUGUUCAGACAGUUUACUUUAAAAAUCCCAAGGAGACCUGAAGAAAUAAUCAAUACAGAAGUUUGAUGUCAAUAUUUCUUCACAAAUAUUCCAGAAAUGACAAAUCUGAGGUGGAUCUCUACUCAAUUGCAUAUGUUUUUUGAUUUUCAGUUAAUCACUGUACCUCUCUAGAUUUUUUAAAGUGUUUUUGUGCUUCAACAUGGCAUCUUGUAAUUAAACAUGCUAAACUGAAAUGGGCUUUUUCACUUUCAAGUAUGGAUAGUGCCUAUGUACUUAAUAUUUUGUCUUUAAAACUUAAAUUUUAUAUUUUUUGGUGAAUUGUAAUGUUGUUUAUUUAAAGAGAAAAAAUGUAGAAAUAAUACAGAAUUUCAGAAAAAUAAACAAUAAGAAAUCA